CACCUACCCUUAGCCGCCACAAUGGUUGCCACAACCCGCACGAAAACCGGCAACCUGCCCGCCAAGAUCGAGAACGCUGUCGAAGCUGUCGCACCCACCAAGAAGCGCACCACCACGGCUAACACGAGCAAGCCGCGCGACAAGAAAGUAGCCAGCGGACGCGUGGACAAGAAGGCGCCGGCUACGAAGAAGACCGCAACCCCGAAGCUCAAGACGGUCAAGAAGGAGAAGGCACCCGCCACGAAGGCGAAGGAUAAGGUCGAGGGCAAAGUCGAGAAGGCGAAGGCAAAGGUCGAGGCGAAGCCGGAGAAGAAGGCUGCUGGAACCAAGAAGGAGAAGAGCACUACCACGAAGAAGGUCGCUGCCCCCAAGACGAAGAAGGCAUAGACGCGUCUCCGCCUCCGCGGCGCGCCUUUUCGAACAGCACCACCUUUCCCCCGAAGUUAUGCGCGCCUUAUUCCGGGCCCACAAGGCUUGAUAUGUCUAGGCGCUUCUCUUCCCUUUCCCCCUCUCUCACUCACGAUAUAUAUUAUCCUGGUUAUGAUAGGCUCCUCAUGAUACGGUUGUUUACACUUCGCUGUUGGGUAUGCGGCGCGGGGUUUCCCAGGGGACGGAAUGGGUUCAUGGAAACUGGGACUGUACGAUACCCGGAGCUUGCUGGCUUUGCUAUGAAUGGUUGCCUUGGGCAUAAUUAGAAGAGACUUCCUCUGCCUUGA